UAUGAUAUGGCAAUGUUAACACUGAGUAAGCCCCUGACGUUCAAUGACUGUAUUGGACCGGUAUGUUUACCCAAUGCUGGUGAUAGUUCUAAACUUGAUAACACAGACUGUACUGUGGCUGGUUGGGGAACAACAUCAUUUGGUGGAUCUCCAUCACCCGUCCUUCAAGAGGUUACAGUACCAACUUACAGUGGUUUAAAAUGUAAAGAUGCAUAUAAUGCCUCUUUACCUUCCAAUACAGCUGUUCAGAUUUGUGCUGGUGGUCCUGGUGUUGAUAGCUGUCAGGGUGAUUCAGGUGGUCCAUUAUUCUGUCCAGUAAAUGGUCAAUAUGUACAGUAUGGAAUUGUUUCUUAUGGUGAUGGUUGUGGCGUGGCAGGAAGUGCCGCUGUGUACACUGAUGUUAGUGCUCUGUUGGAUUUUAUCAACUCCAAAACCUCCUCCAGACAAUAUGAUAUACUUAACUCAUAUUAUCCAUAUUUCAUGGCUAAGAAAUUCCGGGGAUGA